GAUACUUGGAUUGUCACAGGUCUUAUUUCGAACGAGAUUACAACCACUAUUAGUUUUAUUUCAACGCUGGAGGACCUUUGUUUCAAAAAUAAAAUAAAUUUCCAAGAAACAACAACAACAGCAGGAACAACAAUAACACAAUGAUGUUCAGAGCUUACAUCGUGUAUGUGAUCGUAUACCUGUUAAUUGGUGGCAACCAAUGCAUGAAUUCAGCCAACAAGCAGUCAGCAACAAAACAACAGGCAACAAGACAGAAUUCCCAAGGAAGUUUAGUACGACAAAAUUCUCAAUCAAAUUCACAAAAACAGGAACAGUCUAAGCCUGUACAACAAAAUGCUCAAGCAAGUUUACCAAAACCGGACCCUAAUGCAGGACAACAAAAUAUUCCAGCAAGUUCAUCAAAAAAGGAGUCUAAGGCGGACAUCUUUGCAAGGAAAGCCCUUGACACUAUGAAAGAAGUGGAUGCCAGGUUUCAAAUCGGUAGUUGUAUCACUAAAGCUAGAGAAAAAGCAGGAAGUCUCGGGUACAUCAACGGUGCAAGUCAUUUCGCCAUAUCAUGGAUCAGCAUGUAUUCAAGAUAUUGCCCCAUCAAUUUGGCUUUGCUUGAAGAUAAAGAUGUCAACAAUUUUCCUUUUUGUCUGAACAAAGAGCUUCGCUGUAUGUACCACACUGGGAGAAAUAGCCAAAUACAAGCAGUGUUUCAGGGAGCUGCGAAUAUCAUUGACAUGUCAAUACGAUUCGAAGGUACUAAACAAUACAAAAUGGUUUAUCGCGGUAUGACGUUCAAUCCAUAUGCUGGACAAACUGCUUUUGUAGAGGAAGGCUUCUUUAGUGCAAGUAUAAGCAAGGACAUUGCGUUGGGCUUUGCAAAAGGGAAAAUACUGAUGAUAGUGGAACGAAUGUAUGGUCUCUACAUUGCUGACUACGCGGAGGACAGGUUCAGCCGACAGAAGGAAGUAUUGGGUUUGAAAAAUAGCUAUUUUGAAGUUACCGACCGUAUCACCGACAGUGCUGAAAUAGAUAAACUGUUCCCUAACUUGAAACAUUAUCUAAAGAAGCCAACUGAAGUGAUCUACGUGUACCAAAAAAGUAAUGCUAACGUCGAUGGUGUCCUCAACAUUCAGCAUCAACAGUCGUUGCAAUAUUGUGAACCGUAACGAAUGUAAACUUUAUCAUUCAAUACUCUUUUAGCAUCCGAUUACCCACGUUGACUUAUAUAAAUUCAUACUUCUUGCUUUAGCAUCAUCAACUAUCAUUCUUUAAUAAUAUUUUUAUCUUUUUAUAUUGUACUUAUUUGAAUAACUAUGGUUUAUAUUUUAUCGUAGGAAUGAAAUAAACGUUGGUUAAACUGA